AUGCCUAAUCUUGAAUUAUGGACCGCACUCAGCUAUUUCACAAUGGCUGAGAUUGUGGUGAGUGGACUGCUCUUGUAUUUCUUCACACUGGCAGUCUAUCGUCUGUACUUCAGUCCGCUCGCGAAGAUUCCGGGCCCGAAGCUCGCGGCCUUGACGCUGUGGUACGAGUUCUAUUACGAUGUCGUUCUGAAAGGACAGUAUACCUGGAAGAUAGGCGAGAUGCACGAGAAAUAUGGCCCGAUAGUCAGAAUCAACCCGUUCGAGAUUCACAUCAAUGAUCCAGACUACUAUAAUGAGAUCUAUGCGGGACCGACCAGAAGACGAGAGAAGUGGGCCUGGUCGGCAGCCAUGUUUGGCAACUCAUCCUCUCACUUUGGCACCAUACCACACGAGCUCCAUCGCCGACGACGUGCGCCUCUCAAUCCAUUCUUCUCAAGAGCAUCUGUGACGAGACUGGAGCCGAUGUUGAGACAGGUCGUAGAAGAUCUCAGCACCCGCCUCGAGCAGUUCCGCGAGUCCCAGAAGCCAGUCAAUCUUCGCCACGCUUUUGCUGCCGUGACCAUGGACGUUGUGACGGACUAUGCAUUUGGGACGUCGUACAAGUGCUUGGAGCAGCCAGAUUUUGCGCCUAUGUGGGCCGAGGCGAUCGAUUCAGUGUCGGAACAGAGCCACAUGAACAAGCAGUUUCCCAUCGUAUUGCAGAUGAUGAGAAUGAUGCCUCUGUGGGUUGUAGAAAGGACAGCUCCGGAUGUCAUGCGACUGAUCAAAUUUCAGAUGCUGACUCUGGCAAAGGAUAUGGCGACACAAGUCUCACUUCAAAUGAGCGGCAAAUCCGCCGACAACAAAGUCUCCGAUCACCCUACCAUCUUCCACGAGCUCCUGCAGCCCGGUGCUCUUCCUGAGAGCGAGCAAACUCUGCCACAUCUGGUCAACGAAGCGCAAUCGAUCGUGGCCGCCGGCCAGGUCACCACGACACACUACCUGAACACGACAGCCUACCACAUCCUGGCACGAGAGGACGUUCUCAAAAGACUAAAAGCGGAGUUGAAGGAGGUCAUGUCGGACGGGAGUCUACCAAGCUGGCAAGCCCUGGAACAGCUUCCCUACCUCUCUGCGGUCGUACUGGAGGGCUACAGAAUGUCCCAUGGGCCGGUCCACCGGCUUCAACGUGUAGCUCCCGACGAAGACCUGGUUUACAAAGACUACGUGCUUCCACCCGGCACGCCAGUCGGUAUGACAUCCAUCUUCAUCCACGAGAACCCUUCUCUGUUCCCAGAUCCCAGAGCUUUCAAGCCAGAAAGGUGGUUGGAGCCUGGCGCGAAGGAAAGGCUUUCGAAUUACCUGGUCAACUUCAGCAAAGGCACGCGAGGAUGUUUGGGCAUGUAUCUGGCACAGGCGGAGAUCUACCUGACGUUGGCUGCGGUAUUUGGUCGGUUCGAUAUGGAAAUCUUCGAGACGACCAGGGCAGACAUCGAUGUGGCGCAUGACUUCUUCAACCCGCAACCGCGCAAGGGCAGCGUAGGACUGAGAGUGCUUGUGAAAUGA